AUGACAGAAUUCCUGUCGUGCAUUGAUCGUGCGCAAAGUGAAGUUGGUUGCCCAGCAUUACGAGCUGCAAGUCAUUACCAUGAAGUUAUGUUGCGUAUGUGGAUGGAGAGAGAGAAGGCGAUGGAUAUUAAUGUGUUCAACUUGAGUUUUAAGGAGGGGACGGCGCUUGAACAAUUCCGGCAGAUGGCUGUGAAUAGUGUGUUUCAUUACGCUGUUGAUCACAAGUUACACGAGAAGACGGUUCACCUGACAUGUUUAAACAUCAAUCGGUUAUUGUACAAUCGGUUGGUGGACCAUGAGCCAUCGUCCCGAGAUGCGCGAGUGCUAACGCAUGACCUCUUUGCCUGCAUCGUUAUUACAAGCUUAAGAAAUGCAAUUAAGAAUGAUGAAUCCUUCGAGAAGUCGGAACUGUUCCGUAUUGAUCCUGAUCAUGUCUGGCGAUCAACCAAAUAUCUGGUCCAGGUCGUACAAGACCGUUCGGUUGCCCGGAUUAACCAAAUCGAAGCCGAGUGUCUAUCCGUACUUGACGUACCUUCUAACCCCCCACUCGCUCCCGAAUUCAUCGACCGCUACCUAGGAGUCGGCGGCUGGCCAGAGUAUACCCAACAAUACCGUGAACUCAGCUCCUACCUUGUCGGUCUCGCCGUCUUCGCUAACACCUACUCAACUCCCCUCAGAGGAGUACCCAACAGCAAACUAGCAGCCGCCGCCCUGGUACUCGCAAUCAAGGUUAUUAAUACCGACUUUAAUAACACCAAAUACGAAUUCUGGCCACAAAGACUAGCACAUUACACUAGACUCACCAUGGACGAUCUCAAGCCCGUCAUCCGGGGACUUGCAAACCUACUCAGAAACAAACCCAGAUGGAGCUCAAUAUUGGAGUCAUAUUACGGCAAGUGGAGCGAGUAUGACUGGAAUUAG